CUACAGUUGCAAACAUGUCUGAAAAUGAAACUGUCUAGAAACUGACAUUUCACACUUUUAGCAUCAUCCACAUAAAAAAUUUCUUAGUAAUUAAACUCACAAAAAUAAUUAUUGUAUCAUAAAUAAAAUUUUGUUUCAAACAUGCUCAUAAAAGUCAAGACUCUCACCGGCAAGGAAAUUGAAAUUGAUAUAGAACCCACAGACAAAGUGGAAAGAAUCAAAGAACGAGUAGAAGAGAAAGAAGGAAUUCCACCACAACAGCAACGAUUAAUUUUUUCGGGAAAACAAAUGAACGAUGAUAAAACAGCACAAGAUUAUAAAGUCCAAGGGGGAUCUGUUUUGCAUUUAGUACUUGCACUUCGAGGAGGUCAAAAUUAAUAGAAGUGACAUUUUACAUAUUAUUUCAAUAUUUUUUAAAUUAUAUGGA